GGACGGUGGCCGAGGGGCGGUGGGGCAGGGGCGGAGGUCCGCAGCUGCGCACGGUCGGCUCUCCCUAGCACGGCUAUAAAGUCCCAAGGACGUUUAUUGAGCGUCCGCUGUGUGCGCCGAGCGGUGCUGACCCGGAGAACAGAAGUAACUGGUUGACGUCAAACGAUGGCACCCACCCGGAAAGGAAGCGAGGACGCUCUGUUCCCGGAUUUCCCCAGGGGGCCCCUGCAGGCGUACCGCGCACGCGCGUCCUUCAGCUGGAAGGAGCUGGCGCUGUUCUGGGAAGGCGAGGACGUUCUGCGCUUUAAGAAAACCAUCUUCUCGGCUUUGGAGAAAGACCCCCUCUUCGCCCAUCCCAGGGGACACGAUCUCUCCUUGGAGCAGUACCGCGAGCUGACCUUCCGGCGCUGCAAGCGGAUCUUCGAGUACGACUUCCUCUCCCCCACGGAACUGCCGCAGAGCCCGCUCAAAUUCCUGGCGCUGACGAACUCUCUGGGCAUGUACGACUGGUCCCUGGCCACCAAGGUCGUCCUGCACUCAUUUUUCUUCGUGUCAACGCUUUACAGCUCCGGUUUGGAAAGACAUUUCAGAUACAUCCCAAAGAUCUUCAGGAUGGAGAUCUUCGGGUGCCUGGCCCUCACGGAACUCAGCCACGGGAGUAACACCAAGGCCAUCCGCACGACCGCUCACUACGACCCCGCCACCGAGGAGUUCGUCCUCCAUUCCCCCGACUUUGAAGCCGCCAAGUUCUGGGUCGGCAACAUGGGCAAGACUUCAACCCACGCGGUGGUGUUCGCGCAGCUGUACAUGCCGGGGGGCCAGUGCCACGGCCUGUACCCCUUUAUUGUGCAGAUCCGGGACCCGAAGACCCUCCUCCCCAUGCCCGGGGUGAUGGUGGGCGACAUGGGGAGGAAGAUCGGGCAGAACGGCCUGGACAACGGGUUCGCCAUGUUCCACAAAGUUAGGGUCCCUCGUCAGAACCUCCUGAACCGGACCGGGGACGUCACCCCCGAGGGCGCCUACGUCACCCACUUUAAGGACGACAGGCAGCGCUUCGGGGCGUCACUGGGCACCCUGUCCACCGGCCGGGUCUGCAUCGUGGGCAUGUCCGUCACUAACCUGAAGCUGGCCGUGUGCAUAGCCCUUCGCUUCUCGGCCACCCGGCGGCAGUUCGGACCCACCGACGGGGAGGAGAUCCCCGUCCUGGAGUACCAGCUGCAGCAAUGGCGCCUGCUGCCGUACCUGGCGGCCACCUACGCCCUGGACCACUUCUCCAAGUUGCUUUUCCUGGACCUCGUACAGCUGCAGCAAGGCCUCCUGGCGGACGACCGCAGCGCCAGGCAGGCAGAGCUCGGACGCGAAAUCCAUGCCUUGGCGUCGGCCGGGAAGCCCCUGGCCUCAUGGACCGCCCAGCGGGGGAUUCAGGAAUGCCGGGAGGCCUGCGGGGGACACGGCUACCUGGCCGUGAACCGUCUGGGUGAUCUCAGAGACGACAACGACCCAAACUGCACGUACGAAGGGGACAACAAUGUGCUGCUGCAGCAGACCAGCAACUACCUGCUCGGCCUGCUGGGACGCGGGGGCCCAGAUGGUGCUCGCUUCGAGAGCCCGCUGAAGAGCGUGGACUUUCUGGAAGCCUAUCCCGCCAUCCUCUGCCAGAAGUUCGAGGUCGCCAGCCUGCAGGACUGCCUGGACUCCGCAGCCCCCCUGGCGGCGUACAAGUGGCUGGUGUGUUACCUGCUCCGAGAGAGCCACGAGAAACUGAACCAGGAAAGGAAGUCCGGGAUCAGCGACUUUGAAGCGAGGAACAACUCCCAGGUCUACUGCUGCCGCUCCCUGGCCCUGGCAUUCCUGGAGCUCACCGUGCUGCGCAGGUUCCACGAGCACACGCACCAGCCCGACGUGCCACCCUCGCUGCGGGCCCCACUCCAGCGGCUCAGCGCCCUCUAUGGCCUGUGGUCCCUGGGCCAGCACAUGGCCCUGCUCUACCGAGGCGGCUACUGUUCCGGGGAGCGAGACAGCAAGCUGAUGGAGAGCGCCAUCCUGGAGCUGUGUGCGCAGCUGAAGGACGACGCGGUGGCCCUGGUGGACGCGCUCGCCCCUCCCGACUUCAUCCUGGACUCCCCAAUCGGCAGGGCCGACGGCGAGGCAAAGGCCGCCUCUCCGAGGGGAUCUUCUCUGGCCUCUGGGGAUGUUCCCCAGGCUCGUGCCCCCUUUGCUCUGCCGUGGGACCCUCGAGGUGCUUGUUGCUGAGCCCGCAUGUCCUUACUGACUUUCUCUGCCACGUGGAAUGGAGAUGCCAGUGCCGGCAGGUUCGCUUGGCACCUCCCGUCAGCACUGCCUGCAGGGGUCGUCCCCGUGUCCCAGUGGGGACAUACCUGAGGCCUCGCAGCUGCCCGUGGUGGGGCAGGAUCAACCGCCUCCACCCCGACCCGCAAGGCCACGCCCUCUCUACUGAGACACCUGCCGCCAGCCCAGGCACUGCGUGGGGGUGACCGAGGGGCAGGCAUCCUCUACCCGCCCCCAGGGGCCCUGAGACGUCCUUGAACGGUCACUUCAUGCAGCGGUGACGGAUGCACCCGGGGCGGGUGUCCUGAGCUCCACACGCCCCAGGCCACACUCGGGGAGUGCUGUCUGCCGCGUGGGGAGGACGAGAGAGUCCCCAUCAAUUUGGUGCACGUUCUGCGCCAGUGUUGCCGCGGGGCGAGCCCAGCCAGCGAGGGCAGAGCCGAGGUCUGGGUGGAGGUCUGUCGGGAGAGGAGGCCGGAGAACACCCCCUGGUCCCCGGGUGUGGCCAGCCCUGCGGAGGAGGGGGCUGUGCUCAGCCCCAGGGAGAGGGGAUGGCCUCGGGCCAGGGGGCUUGGCCGGCCACCAGGACCAGGUCGGAAGAGGCGGCAGUGACCUGUCCGGAAGGGCCUGGGAAUGGUGUCUUCCGAGAGGCCCUGAGCCCACGGCGGUGUCUGCCCAGGAGGAGGGGUCGGAGCAGCUGAGCGCUGGGGCCUGCGGCUGCCGAGCAGGGGCAGGUGGGCGGUGGAGGACCCUCCCCACAGUGGGGGCCGCGCCCUACAGCACAGUCUGUACCGCGUGCCCCCUUCCCGUUUCAAGGACAGAUGGUUUAACCAGGUGCUGCUGUGUGAGCUCAUUUAAAACGAGCAAACCAGCUGUGGGGGGUGGUUGGGGCCCUUGGUAACUGAAACACAGCGCCCCGCAGUGGAAACCGUGGCUCCGGGCUCCGGCACGAGGGAGAAGCCGGAGCGGGGGCCUUUCUAGGAGCCGAGAAUGGCAGCGGGCUGGGGCGGACCUCCUUAAGCGUGCUCAGCAGGUGCGGGGAGACUGGGUCCUUCAAAGUAAAAUGGGUCGGCACCAGCCAGACACUGAGCAGACCCCUUCCCUGUCCCUUGGACGGUGGGGGCGCGUCUGCCCGUCGGGCCCGCGGUCCGGGCGCUGGCUGCGGCGGGAGCCAGGAGGACUCAGCCGCCAGCCUCCUGGGACUCACGACCGGGCUGAGCUGAUGGUGGCUCUGUGGGGCCUGGGGCCUGAGGCCAGGCCAGGCGGGGGGUCAUUGGGCCCCGGGGACCACCCAGCAAGGCUGCACCUCUGCUUUGCCUGCCGUGGGUGCCAGGGGACGGACUUCGCACCCCCCGAACCCUGUCACGGCCAUGCACAACUAGGACUCAGCAUCUCCUCCAAAAGGGACCAUGUGGGGUGUUUUCCUGCUGAACCCAUUACGGUAUUUUAUCCUUGCAUUUUCCCUGUUGUCUGCUGGGGAAAAAAGGAAGGUUUCUGUAGGUUGAAUGUCAGUCAUAAAAUUUUCAUAAAAAGGGACAGGAGAGGAUUCCCCACAUUGUAACAAAAGCCUGUAGGGGACCUGCCUGUGUGCCCUCGGCUGGCCGUCGGGAUGCCCACUUGUUACCGGGGUGCGUGUGCUCCUCU